AUGUCCAUGCCGGAGACGGCCAAAUGGGUCUCGGCACUGUCAGACGAGCAGGCUGGUGUGUUCACGUUUUCUCAUUGCGUCUGUUUAUCCGACAUGUAUGGUGACGGCGAUACCAAACUCGUCCUAGCGCAUGUAGGCAGUUCAAGAUUCAACAUGCGUCUGAAGGUCUUCAAAGGUGUGACUGUGGUCGGAGAAAAUGCCUUGGCAGACAUGCCAACAGCAAUAGUGUCGUUCUAUAAUGAAAAAUACAACACACCAUCGGCACCAGUCCACAAGGUUGAACAGGAGGCAUGGACGAAAACUUGCGCCAAGCAACUCACGCAGGAUCAGUUGUUCACCGUCAUACAGAGCUUGGCAAAUGAGGUUAGUAUGACGGCAGAGUAG